AUGUCGGCGCGGUUGUGGCGCACGCCCAGCGUCACGUGGCCGCGCGAGGCGGCGGCGCACACGUACGACACGGCGCGCGUGUGCGUGGCGCCCGCCAGCGAGAUGUAUUUGUGUGGGUGUGCCUCGAGGCGGUAUAGUGGGCCCAGAUAUACUCACGCGAGUAGCGGCGCGUGCGGCUCGGCGGCGGGCAGGCCGAGCGGCUGUAUGUCGGCGCGGUUGUGGCGCACGCCCAGCGUCACGUGGCCGCGCGAGGCGGCGGCGCACACGUACGACACGGCGCGCGUGUGCGUGGCGCCCGCCAGCGAGAUGUAUUUGUGUGGGUGUGCCUCGAGGCGGUAUAGUGGGCCCAGAUAUACUCACGCGAGUAGCGGCGCGUGCGGCUCGGCGGCGGGCAGGCCGAGCGGCUGUAUGUCGGCGCGGUUGUGGCGCACGCCCAGCGUCACGUGGCCGCGCGAGGCGGCGGCGCACACGUACGACACGGCGCGCGUGUGCGUGGCGCCCGCCAGCGAGAUGUAUUUGUGUGGGUGUGCCUCGAGGCGGUAUAGUGGGCCCAGAUAUACUCACGCGAGUAGCGGCGCGUGCGGCUCGGCGGCGGGCAGGCCGAGCGGCUGUAUGUCGGCGCGGUUGUGGCGCACGCCCAGCGUCACGUGGCCGCGCGAGGCGGCGGCGCACACGUACGACACGGCGCGCGUGUGCGUGGCGCCCGCCAGCGAGAUGUAUUUGUGUGGGUGUGCCUCGAGGCGGUAUAGUGGGCCCAGAUAUACUCACGCGAGUAGCGGCGCGUGCGGCUCGGCGGCGGGCAGGCCGAGCGGCUGUAUGUCGGCGCGGUUGUGGCGCACGCCCAGCGUCACGUGGCCGCGCGAGGCGGCGGCGCACACGUACGACACGGCGCGCGUGUGCGUGGCGCCCGCCAGCGAGAUGUAUUUGUGUGGGUGUGCCUCGAGGCGGUAUAGUGGGCCCAGAUAUACUCACGCGAGUAGCGGCGCGUGCGGCUCGGCGGCGGGCAGGCCGAGCGGCUGUAUGUCGGCGCGGUUGUGGCGCACGCCCAGCGUCACGUGGCCGCGCGAGGCGGCGGCGCACACGUACGACACGGCGCGCGUGUGCGUGGCGCCCGCCAGCGAGAUGUAUUUGUGUGGGUGUGCCUCGAGGCGGUAUAGUGGGCCCAGAUAUACUCACGCGAGUAGCGGCGCGUGCGGCUCGGCGGCGGGCAGGCCGAGCGGCUGUAUGUCGGCGCGGUUGUGGCGCACGCCCAGCGUCACGUGGCCGCGCGAGGCGGCGGCGCACACGUACGACACGGCGCGCGUGUGCGUGGCGCCCGCCAGCGAGAUGUAUUUGUGUGGGUGUGCCUCGAGGCGGUAUAGUGGGCCCAGAUAUACUCACGCGAGUAGCGGCGCGUGCGGCUCGGCGGCGGGCAGGCCGAGCGGCUGUAUGUCGGCGCGGUUGUGGCGCACGCCCAGCGUCACGUGGCCGCGCGAGGCGGCGGCGCACACGUACGACACGGCGCGCGUGUGCGUGGCGCCCGCCAGCGAGAUGUAUUUGUGUGGGUGUGCCUCGAGGCGGUAUAGUGGGCCCAGAUAUACUCACGCGAGUAGCGGCGCGUGCGGCUCGGCGGCGGGCAGGCCGAGCGGCUGUAUGUCGGCGCGGUUGUGGCGCACGCCCAGCGUCACGUGGCCGCGCGAGGCGGCGGCGCACACGUACGACACGGCGCGCGUGUGCGUGGCGCCCGCCAGCGAGAUGUAUUUGUGUGGGUGUGCCUCGAGGCGGUAUAGUGGGCCCAGAUAUACUCACGCGAGUAGCGGCGCGUGCGGCUCGGCGGCGGGCAGGCCGAGCGGCUGUAUGUCGGCGCGGUUGUGGCGCACGCCCAGCGUCACGUGGCCGCGCGAGGCGGCGGCGCACACGUACGACACGGCGCGCGUGUGCGUGGCGCCCGCCAGCGAGAUGUAUUUGUGUGGGUGUGCCUCGAGGCGGUAUAGUGGGCCCAGAUAUACUCACGCGAGUAGCGGCGCGUGCGGCUCGGCGGCGGGCAGGCCGAGCGGCUGUAUGUCGGCGCGGUUGUGGCGCACGCCCAGCGUCACGUGGCCGCGCGAGGCGGCGGCGCACACGUACGACACGGCGCGCGUGUGCGUGGCGCCCGCCAGCGAGAUGCCGUCCACCGACGUCAGCAGGUCCCCGGGCCGCAGGAACCCGUCGGCCGGACCGCCUACGUAA